AUGGCCAGUUUUUGCUGUCCUUAUGGAAGAUUUUUGACUCUUGAGGCACGUGUCCCGGGCCACGCUUUAUAUGCUUCUAGACGUUCUAAAUCAUGCUCCGGAGACGAGCAAUGA